AUGCUCCCCUCACCACCGCAACCAGAGCAGCGAAGCAUAUCGAGUAAGGAAUAUCAGUGUACCAUUUGCCCGAAGAAAUAUGCCAGGAGGGAUUAUCUUGAAAGACAUGCCUUGAAUCAUGGAGGCCCAUCCAGUGUGUGUCCAUCAUGUGGGAAAGGUUUCGCUCGUCCAGAUGUUUUGAGAAAACACCAGACAACGACGUGCACGGCUGGAGUCGGGACCCCUUUCUUCAGCUCUACGGGGUCAUCAUCGUCAGCUUCCACCGACCGCAUAUCGGCGAGAAAACGUAAGAGGAGGUCUUCGGAAACUCUGAGAGGAGUCAGAACGCCAUCAACAAUGGCGGGACAUGUCACCUUUAUCGAUCCCAUUGGCACUUGGAACGGAGAUUCUAGGGGCAUUCAGCCUCAAGUAACGGAUGCACCAAUGAGUGCAGUUUCUACAUCGACAACGGAAUGGUCCGCAUCGGCGGAGGAUGUGAACCUCCUCGAUCAGGCUUUGCCUCUUGUCACAGACGGAUCUGACCAUUUACAGAGUGACUUGCCAGAUCAUGGUGGGACAACAGUCAUUGCAGGAGAGGAAUUCAAUUGGAACUCCCCUUCCCAGACAGGAGAUAAUAUGGAUGAUUUGCUUUCUUGGUUGUUCAAUCCAUCUCCCGAAACUUCAUUACUUUCCACCAAUCAGCAUAACGAAAGUCAACCUCUUCCUAUCAAUUCGGACACCGUCGAAGCAAGUGAAGUACUACUAUCUCCCGCACCGCUUCGUCAUCCAAUUGGUAUGGGAAUAUCUUCGCAAGCUCCGCCCAGUCGAUUGAGAUCCACCUAUCCUGAACCAUAUAUAGCACAUGUUCCCCCUACAUCACCUUCCUAUCUUAUUUACCCGAAUCUCACGGAAAGAUGGUCCGUAUGGUCACCCUGGCAAGCUCCCACGAAACGAGAAAUUCUCGAUGAGGAUGCCCGAAAUGCUAUGUUGGAUCUAUUUGAUGACAACGUCAAGCGUGAGCUGUCAUUGCCGUCGUUCAGUCUUCAGCAAAUGAGGCUAUACCUAGAACUGUAUUUCAUGCACUUUGCACCCUUAUAUCCCAUCAUACAUUAUCCUUCGCUGCAAUAUCGUAGAUUGCCCCCUGACCUUCUACUAGCGAUGAUAUGUGUUGGAACUGCCUUCGCAAAUGACUCGGACGGUCUGGAAAUGGCUUCAAAGCUACACAGACGACUUCGCACACGAAUCUUCGAGACGGUAGAAGACGAACCUACUACAUCAGUAGCCAGCUUGCAAACCAUUCUACUACUCAAUCACUUUGCUAGAUCGUACUGCUCGCUCAAACAACACGAUAUUGCACAGAUCUUUCAUUCUCCAAUUAUAAACUUGGCCCGUCAGUCUGGCAUGCUCCUGCCAGACUACGACCGACAGCUGAAGAGUACUCUCGACGAUCCUGUUGCGUGUUGGCUGGAAUGGGUUGAUGAAGAAGAACGCAAACGUCUAGGAUGGUUUUCUUUUUUGAUGGAUACCGAAAAUGCGGCAUUAUAUCGAGGAUUCUUAUUGAUACACUGCUAUAGUAUCUCGAUCGAACUACCAGCUCCUGAUGAAGUCUGGGAUGCUAAAGAUCCCUUAAAAUGGAAUCGAUCCCUCUUAAACUCUUCACGUCCUCCUUCCUUCCGACACGCUCUUCGUGAACUAGCAGGUAGAGGGUCCAUCGCCCCGAAUCUCACCAACUUUUCGCUCUGGAUUCUUCUGCAUGGUCUUCACUGCGUCCAGUGGACACUGCUAUGGCGAGAUCUGGGCGAUCUUUCUAUGGUGCAUGUCAGUAAGAUCACAAGCUGGAAAGACUGCUUACGAGGGUCCUUCGAAGCGUGGAGGAAUCACGUGGAAGAUACAAUACGUCCACAAAUGUUGACAUUAGAACAUCCCAUGUUUUCGGCUGCGAUACCUUUCUCGCAUUUGGGAACCGUUUUAUUACUGAGUGAUACUGAGCAAGUAAGAAUCUUUGCUGGGACCAAAAAAAUCACUGGUCGUCCCAUUUCACCUGGUGAAUGGGCAGCUGCUAAUGUAUACGUCAACUCUUGGGCAAAAUCGCAAGAUGCGGCAUACUGCUGUCAUUCUGCGUUACAGCUACUUGCACAUGUCUUUAGAUGGAGUAGUGAAACCAGAUUUCAGAUUACUAGUAUGGUCCCGUGGUGUGUGUACGUUGCAACUCUCGUGGUGUGGUCGUAUGGGUCCGCUCUCGAUGGACAUGAUACAUUACAGGCACCUUUCGUUAUUAUCUCACCCUCAAGAACAAGCACUGCGAAACAUAACGUACGCAUUGAGCCUUCUCUUGCCCGCAAGAGCGCUUUGGAGUAUCUAGACGACGUCCUCUCAUGUGAACACCCGUUUGCUUUGCAUCAGGUAAAAGACAAAAACAAAUGCGCUGGAAUUAUAGCUUAUACAGCUUAUUUGGCUGGAACACUGAAACGUGGAGUCAUGGAUGAAUGUAGAACUGUCCUAUUAGGACUUUUGACGGAACACGUGUAA